UUUUUAAUUAAUUUUUUUUUGUCAAUCAAACAAAAAAAAAACCAUCAUCACAUCCACUGCCUUGCUUCCUCCUCCAUCUUACUUUCUCUCUGUCAGUCUUCUUUGAGCCAAACAAACAAAUGUGGAUUCUUUGAGCCGUUUAGUUGUUAGAUCUCUGCCUCUAGAAGAAGAAUAAUAAUAGUAAGGGAUGGGUAGUCUAUCCUCUGAUGUAGAAGACGACGGAGGCUCUUCUUCCGAGAGAUGCGGAAGCUACAGUCCCAGCGCCGACAUUAGCGAGUCCCAGAGUUCUACCAGCUUCGACGCCGACGCCCCCAACCAUUCCUCUCCUCCCCGAGGAUUUUACUUCCCUGCCCCGGUUAUGCUUCCUGUGAUCGGUGGCAAAGAUGUCGUCUGGGAUGACAAACCUGACACCCAUUUAUCCGAAAUUGAGAUGAUGAAAGAGAGAUUUGCUAAGCUACUUCUCGGAGAAGACAUGUCAGGCGGAGGCAAAGGGGUUUGUACGGCGCUUGCUAUCUCCAACGCCAUCACCAAUCUCUCUGCCACUGUCUUUGGCGAGCUAUGGAGGCUUGAGCCCCUUGCCCCUCAGAAGAAGGCCAUGUGGCGCAGAGAACUCGAAUGGCUACUCUGUGUUAGCGAUUCCAUCGUUGAGCUCAUUCCUUCCAUUCAGCACUUCCCUGGAGGCGGAACUUAUGAGAUCAUGGAGACUCGCCCCCGUUCUGAUCUCUAUGCCAAUCUCCCUGCCCUCAAGAAGCUCGAUGCUAUGCUCAUCGAUAUGCUUGACUCUUUCUCCCAUACCGACUUCUGGUAUACCGAUCGCGGUAUUCUUCUUGGAGAGUGCGACCAGGAUUCCUACAAUUCCCCUGCUUCCUCUGGCCGCCCUUCCGUUAGGCAGGAGGACAAGUGGUGGCUCCCUUGCCCUAAGGUUCCCCCUAACGGUUUGUCUCAAGACACUAGGAAGAAGCUGCAGCAGUGCCGGGACUUUGCCAACCAGAUUCUCAAGGCUGCUUUGGCAAUUAACAGCGGCGUGCUCGCCGAGAUGGAGAUUCCUGACCCUUACUUGGAGACAUUGCCCAAGAGCGGCAAGGAAUGCCUUGGAGAGAUCAUCUACCACUACUUAACCGCAAACAAGUUCUCACCAGAAUGUCUCCUAGACUGUCUUGAUCUGUCAUCGGAGCAUCAGACCCUUGAAAUCGCCAACCGGAUUGAGGCUGCUGUCCACGUUUGGAAACGGAAGAGUGGGAGGAGCCACAAGAAGCAGGCAAAGCUAAAGCUUUCUACAUGGGGUGGCAAGGUUAAAGGCCUUGUAAAUGACACCGAAAGAAGUGAUUUCCUUGUGCAGAGAGCCCAGACCCUCUUGCAGAGUCUGAGGAUCCGCUUCCCGGGUCUUCCCCAGACAACGCUAGACAUGAACAAGAUUCAGUACAACAAGGAUGUAGGGCAAUCAAUUCUGGAGAGUUACUCGAGGGUGAUGGAGAGCAUGGCAUUCAACAUCAUGGCUAGAAUAGAUGAUGUGCUGUAUGUUGAUGACGCCAUGAGAAAAUCCAUGUCAGCCACGGAACCGCUAUCACUAUUCAGCAUCAAUGGACUCGACGCUCAGAAAGGGUUCUCAGUGCAAAGCUCGCCUUACGGAUCCCCAUUUGCAACGCCUUCCCUAAGUGUAGCAUCUCGGAGCCCGAGGAGAGCACCACCGCUGUAUUCAGUGAAGAGGAGUGGGACGAGAGAGAAGGGAGUAGUGGGGGAAACGGAGAAAGCAUGGUCGUAUGCAGGGAAUUUGAGUUCAAGAAGAGUAACGGGAGUGACACCAGAAAGAGAUUAAGGUUGAAAAUAGUAAGAAGAAUGUAAAUGGAAUCGAUGAGGGUCGUAGAGACUGUAGUUGUUUUGUCCGACUACGAAGAGUAUGGUGAUAGCAACAACAACAAUGUUUUAUCUUUUGUGGAGUAUGUGUAUGGGGAAUGUUGUUAACAUAAGAGAGGAAAACACACAAGUCCCUUAGCUCGUUAAGACUGAUUGAUUCAUUCUGGUCAAGUCCUAGAA